AUGGAUACGAAUCGAGUCGGCACUAAUUCCGAGUGUGAUACGAUAUGCAUUGGCCGUGAAGACGAUCGGAUAAGUCGAUUGCCCGACGAAGUCCUCGUCGAAAUCCUAUCUUCCCUAUCCCUAAAGGAAUCCGCGUGCACGAGCGUUCUCUCGUCUCGUUGGACGAACUUGUGGAAACACACCACUCGUCUCUACCUAGACAUGGACGGUGGGUCGUCGUCGUGGGGUAAGACGAAACACUUUAAGUUCCGGCCAGUUUUAAUGAGACGCAACACGAGUUGCAAAUACGUGCGCUGGGUGGACCGAGUCCUCGAAUCGCACAAAUGCAUCGUCUUGAAAGAAUUCGCAAUCUGUUCUUAUCUAGGGUUACAACACGAGGAGCCAAUCACUCGAUGGCUCGAGUAUGCGUUCGCCCGACAAGUUCGGAGCCUCGAGUUGAACCUCGAACCUUGCUACGACGACCCCAUGUACGGUCUCCCUAGGGAUCUUCUCGUCGCGGAGGGUUCCCAAUUCAAGUCAAUCGAAGCGUUGAAUUUUAAAGACCACUUGGAGAUAGUUUUCUGCCGGAAUUUGAAAUCGUUUCGAGUUUCCACGCCGAGGCUUGCGCGUUUCUGGGUCGCGACGUACGACGGAUUGUUGAUUGGGAACUUGCCGAUGCUGGUCGAGAUUCGUACUCAGUGUAGAGACGAUGACGUUCGCUUGGGACAUUUGUUUUCGACACUUUCGACCAGUUCGCGAUUGGAGACUCUUCGUCUGAGGCUGCUCCAAUCACCGGAAAUGCAUGAGCUGCACAAUCUUUCUCUACUGCCUAAACUGAAGAAGAUGGUCAUAGAAUAUAUUGAAGAUGGCCGCCGAAAUAUUUUUCGACUCUCUGAUUUGAUAAGGGCAUCGCCUUUCUUAGAGGAAUUUGUUCUAAAGUAUAAAUGUGCGUAUAUUCCGAAUAACGAAGUGGAGGAGGCUAUAGUGUCGUCUCCACACCACCACCUUAAGGUGGUGAAAUUUUCCGGAGGUUUUGGUCGGACUAAUUAUCUUCGAUUUGUCGACUACAUUUUGGAGAACUGUCUUGUGCUUGAGAAAGUAAUUGUCGAUCCGUGUUCCGGAACAUUGAACCUUAUGCUUGAUAGUACAAAUUUCGAAGAAAAUGUAAGAAAGAAAGCAAAGCAACACUUUGAAGCACGAGUUCCUCAGCACAUUGAAUUGGUUUUUCUUUAA